AACUUCAUCAAAUUUCAGAUGGACGGAUCCUUCAGAGCCGCGAAGGAUGGUGGAAAACUCGCUGCCAUAGAAGGCCAUAGCAAGCAAACUAUCCAAAACGAGCUUUAAAAGGGAAAGAGCUAGAUGCUUAACCCAACAUAACCAAUUUUUACUCGUACACAUCGUUCCUUUUGCAUCAUCGGCUCUGUCCGAGGACUGCAUAAAGGGGCUGGAAAGGUUCUUGGAGCGAGAAUGGAGCGGGCGCCAAGCAUAAGCCCCAGCGGCGUAAGUCAGCCCCCACAACCUGCCCAGCAUGAACCUAUUAGUUUCGGCAUUGACCAGAUUCUCAGUGGUACCGACCAGGACGGAUCACAGAACACGACCCGGAAUGUUUCGAAUACUGGCAACUCCACAAGUGGAGGAGGUUACCAGCUCGGUAGUCCAACUGGAGCCAGUGUAGCGCCCUUCACUUCGCUUUCCGGUUCUUUCCAUGGCAUUGCAUCAUCAUACGAGGAAUCAAGUGCAUACGGAGUGAACUUGACUUUCACCCCAGGAGGGGUGAUACGCGUCCCGGCGCACAGGCCGCUGGCCGCCGCAGUGCCUCCUUCUUUAGCCAGCGCGGUACCGGGGCUAGGCAGCAUCAGCUUCCCCUGGAUGGAGAACAGCCAAAGAUUUGCAAAGGAAAGAUUUGCAGGUAAACUAUCUCCAUUCAAAGUGUAUUUUACUCUAUUCACCAGGAUGUGGUAAUUUCCAUUUUAAAUCGGUAAAUUCAGGGUUUUCGUAUGCUAGUCUAUUCUUUUUCAAAGAUGAAUUUUCAUUUCACUCAUGGAGUUGAAAUGGAAUUGACCAGGUCCACAAAUAAAGUAUACUGGACUAGUCUAAUCAGUUGAACCACAUGAACUUGCAUUUUAGUCUAAUUAUGAAAGCUUUAUAUUGAGGGAAAAUGUGUAGGCCUGGGCUACAUGUUGACAGAAAUAAAAUCAACAAUAGCAUACAAAACAAAUAUUUGAUGAAAAACAGAUCUAAAUAAUUAAAUAUUCUUAUUUCAAAGUAAAGUUUAACUCAAAGGAUAAAGCCUGACAAAAAAAUUAAAAUACACUUUUAAAUGUGGGGUAGGCCUAUAGAAAUACUGGCCGAAUUAGGGCCGUUCUCUUAAAGCGAUUCAUUCGGCACAAGUUACAAUACUUUGCAGUUUUCACCAAUUGGUAGAGCAUGGCGCUUGUAACGCCAGGGUAGUGGGUUCGAUCCCCGGGACCACCCAUACGUAAAAAUGUAUGCACGCAUGACUGUAAGUCGCUUUGGAUAAAAGCAUCUGCUAAAUGGCAUAUUAUUAUUAUUAUUAUUAUUAUUAUUAUUAAAACUAUGCCAAUUAAUGUAUCAUAAGACACAACUUUCUUACAGGUUUUACCACAAAAUGUAACAAGCAAAUAUCAACUGAUCACAAAUAUCAAAUUGCAACCAGUGUAAUUCUAAUAAAUAAACACAAACUGUAGACUCGCACUGAACAAUAAUUAUUUCGCUUUUUAACCAUUUAGAACCGUCAAUGAAAAUAAAAACAUUUUAUCCACAUUUUGAAUAAUAUUUCGAUUGAUUAAAUCGAUAGGAGGGAUGCGCUCUUAUCGAAAUUGCUACGAUACAUUGCACAAGUGUUUCAGACAUCUUCAUAUAGUCUAUUAGCUACACCAAAACCCAAUUCUAUUUGGCUACUACUGAAGGAACUGUUUUGUGUGUGUUGUGUGUGUGUGUGUGUGUGUGUGUGUGUGUGUGUGUGUGUGUGUGUGCGUGUGUGUAUUUAUUAAGGAUUCUCAUUAGCUGCUGCCUUACUCUUCCUGGGGUCAAGCAACAUUAAGGCAGUUAUAUACAAUUAAAAAUAUUACAUGACAUUACAUUUCAUAACACUUUUCACAACACAUUAAGUGUGUGCCCUCAGGCCACUACUCUACUACCACAUAUCUACAAUACAAAUCCAUGUGUACGUGUGUGUAGAGUGCGUGUGUUAGCAUGUACAUAUGUAUGUGUGUGUCUGUGCCCGUGUGUGUGUCUCUUCACAGUCCCCGUGUAUGUGUGUGUGCGUGUCUUGCUAAACGGGAAAUAUUACAAUUAUAAGUGUAUUAUUAUUAUUAUGAUUAUAUAUUGGGGUAUAGCCUAACACAAUGUGCAUUUAUUAAUCAAUUAAUCUGUUUGCUUUUUGGAUUUAUGUUUCUAUUUAUUUAAACUAAAUGUUUACAUGGAACAUCUAAUGUAACUGAGAGUAGAUUAUUCUUAUUACGUUACAAGCUACGUAUUCUUUUCAACAGAAAUUAACUUUAAAUAGAUAAUUGGGCAAUAUGGUAGCCUACUGUUUGCCUUAUCCGUUAUUAUAUAGUAACGUUGUAAUGAAAUAAUCGGGACACUCCAAAAAGUAAAAAGUAAAAUAGGAGAACCUCUUCAUCUGAAACGUAAAUGUUUCCCAUUCUGUGUCCCAGUGGAUGGCCUGUAAUAUUUAUCAGGACUUUUGUUUUUCUUCUGGGAGGAACUAUGCAGAUGUAAAGUGUCAUUAAUAUUGCAGGAGGGUUAUAUAUGAUUGUGUGUCAGCCUUUUGUGACGAAAGCAAGAAGCUCUCCACAUCAGAAAUGAAUGGGGAAAACACACCUCUUUUCAUCAACAUCCUCAGCAUAAUUAACUGUCAAUGUAUAGGCCUAUAAAUAUUCAGAAUAUUACAUCACUAUUACAGCAAUCUUUCUGCUACUAUAAACCACUAUAAAAACCCAUUGUAUAAGUUGAAAUAUAAUAAAAUAUCUGGAUUUUUACUUGUAUUUAACUAAACAUGGACUUAGACUGAAUUGAUCAUUUUGUUUGAAAAUAGAUAAUACUUAAGAAUAUGGUGAACAUGGAUUUAGUGUUGAUUAGAAUUAGAAUAGCAUUAUUCAAAGGCAAAAAUAGGCCUCUAAAGACCCGUAAAACACUCAAACAUUCCAGCUCUAUGAGAGAGAAGAGGGGGAAAUAUUAGUAGGUCAAACCAAUGAGCGUGUGAAUUUAUUUAGAUUUUAGAUUACAUUUACAAUACAAUGUUCUUCAACAAAUUGAACACAACACAAGAUCCUGUCAACCUGUGCAUGACUUGCUCUCUUUGUUUGUCCAAUGUCCCUUCCUCACACACACACACACACACACACACACACACACACACACACACACACACACACACACACACACACACACACACACACACACACGCAAACCGACACACACAUAGCUGCACUGACGCCAUUCACAGUGGCCAGGCGAAUCGGUCACCCCUACCAGAACCGCACCCCUCCGAAGAGGAAGAAGCCGCGGACAUCCUUCUCCCGCGUGCAGAUCUGUGAGCUGGAGAAACGCUUCCACAGACAGAAGUACCUAGCCAGCGCUGAGCGGGCUGCUCUCGCCAAGACCCUCAAGAUGACCGACGCACAGGUCAAGACCUGGUUUCAGAACCGCAGGACCAAGUGGAGGUGAGACACUGGGCUGGAGAAGGGGAGGGAGAGAGAUUAGGAUGAUUUGUUUUCCAUGUGGUUUCUCUGGAGAAAGAGGAGGAUCUAGUAUGGGUUCACUCUCUAUCAGUGGCCAACACAACAGCACAUCAUCAAUUACCACUUUCUAAUGUCAGUUUCCAAUUUUGAGAAUUAUAGCUUGAAUAAAACUGCAAUAUCACCAGUAACUUAGAGUUCUAAUACAUGUUAUAGAGGUGUGCUAAGGCCCUAGAUAACCUAGUUUAUCAAUGCUAAUGCGCACCCAAUAACUCAUGUACACUCAACCUAACAGGCAUAUUCACCCCCUUUAUGUUACUGACAGCUAAGCCUCCCCAACCCAACCUGUCUUUACCCACCAUAACCUUCUACAGCCAGAACAGAAGUCUGGGGACAGUCCAUGGAUUGUACUUUUCCUAAUACCUUUCAUUCAGCUCCAUAGAGUGUAAUUAACAUUGUACUAAGUGUUUGGAUCAAAGAGUUUGUGGCAUUUGGAAAAUAUGUCUUGACAGUGUUGGCGAUAAAACAUUCAGAUUUUAAUAGCUUAUCAAAUAUGAACUGGAUCACUUGCACAACCACACUACAGCGCAGGCUACACAAUAACAUGUAAUGUAGGCAACACAAUAAAAUGUGAUGUUAUAUCGGGGAAAGAGCAUUUUUGGAACAAAUGCAAUAAAAUAGAAUACAAUAAUCAAUGUUAAGAGAGUUAGUUUGAUAGGGCUAGGUUUAUGAGUAUUGCCAAGUAUUGUUAUGGCUCUAGUGUCAUCUGUGUGAUUUGUUGAGUAAGAUGUACUGUAGUAGGACUACCAAUUGACUCAUGACAAAAAUAAAUUAGCCUAUAGCCUAUCUUAUGUUGGGCUAGGAUUCAUCUACGUAUGCUAUGUCAGCACACAUAUCUGCAUUAUUAUUUCUAUUCGACAAAGAAAACCAUAGGUUAUACAGCCAACAAGUGUAACUAGCCUAUUUUAUGGUAAUAUCAUUAUAAAACAUAGUUUAACAUAUCCUAACCUAGCAUUUAUUUUUGGCAGUCAUCAGCUGCGAAAAAAGGCACGCUGUUGUGCUCACAGUAGCUUAGGCCUAAACACUGUUAAUAAAAGAUGUCAGGCUCAGCGCAGAUUUACAAAUGUGAAUAAAUGCAACGUUGUAGGCCUAUUAUGAAACAAUUUGGCGCUAGAUUAAUUGUACCGACCGUUCUUCGAUUUUCAGAAAUUAUUAAUGUGAUAAUACCAGCUACUUCCCCGACAUGAGGUUGCUGUUGGAACGUGUCAAAGGUCAAACAACAAAUAAUAAAUUAGGCCUACCAAUUUUAUAUGUUUGCAAAUUUACCUAAAAAUAAGGAUAACACCAAUCUGUUACUAUUUUGAUAGUGCUUUCUACAAAAUAUAAAAUAUUCACAGAAAAGUUCUGUUACAAAUGUUAUCUUCAAGAGUUGCUCCAUCUUGAGUGCAAUCAUGUGCAAUCAGGUUUUGUUUGGCAACAUUGGUUAGUGUCCUCUCUGGUUUCUCCCAUGUGUCAUUAUGGCUCAUGCCAGUGUGGUGUCUCUCCUGCUGUACUGCACCAACCAUGUGUCCCUGUUCUGAUGUUGGCCUCGAUGUCUCUGGGUGCAUCACAUUUUCUCUCUGUAUGGCCAAGUCCUCUAACAGUGAAUCUUAAUAAGUGUCCUGUCUGCGUCUGUCCUGUCCCUGUCCUCUCCUUACCUGCCCUGUCUUCGUUGCCAGGCGACAGACGGCUGAGGAGAGGGAAGCGGAGCGUCAGCAGGCCAAUCGGCUGAUGAUCCAGCUGCAGCACGAUGCCUUCCAGAAGUCUCUGAGCGAUUCGGUUCUGUCCGAUCCACUUUGCAUCCACAACUCCUCCCUGUUCGCACUGCAGAACCUGCAGCCGUGGGCCUCUGAGGAAGCAGCAAAGAUGGGCAGUGUCACCGCUCUAGUGUGACAGGUUGGGGCCCUCUGGACAUUACACACUCUGACUGGUCAAAAAGCUUACUGACUGAUAUCUAAGAAACUGCACCAAGGUGACCGACCCGUGAGCAAAGUGAAUUGAGUGAUUUAUUAUUGUCCUUCCAGAACAUAGCCAAAGUGUGUCUGAGGGAGUCUGAAGAUGAAACAAAAACUCAGUAGUUUCCUACCCUGAUAUGAUCUGGCCAUGCAGAAUGUACGCUGUAUGGGUCCUUGUGUCAGAUAAUUCCUGGGUGGUAGCUUAUGACCUGUGGCGAUGUACGUGACACACAUCACUGAGCCAGCCCCAUCAUUCCAAACAGACAUAUUGACUGACUGACGCAGCACAGAUUGGCUAAUUUCUUCCUCCCACGUCCCAUCUGUUCAUUCACCACUAGUUACACUACCAGCUCUGUGCCCUUGCAUCUUAAAGCUGACCAGUCUGCAAAGGGUGAGAAAAUUGAUGGGAAAUGGAGAGAGAAAGAGA